UAUAACAAAAAUGGCUGCUAGCAGCAGUUUAGUUUGGCUUACAUGGAUGCUUUGUGUCCUCUCUGCUGCUUUGGUCUAUGGAUUUAACCAUCAGGAGAUUAAGGAAGCUAUCCUGAAGAAGUUACAGCUUCCUGAUGUUCCUAACAUUGAGAAGAGAGACUUGGAAAACUUGGUUAUACCAUCCCAUAUCAGGAACAAAUAUUUGUCCAUGAUGAAACUCCACAAACAAAGGAAAAGACGCUCACUUCCGAGCCUGGCUGGAAUUUUAAGAGGAAUUCCUGGUAAUGCAGAUAUUUCUGGAGAAGUUCUUUACUCUGAUGCUACAAGACAAAAACUUGUUUUUGACAUGGAAGGAAGGAUACCAGAAAACAGUGAAGUGACCAUGGCUGAGCUAAAACUAUUUAAAAAGCCUUCUCUGAAACCAUUCCUGGCAGACAGGAAACACCACCAGAGACCUGUGAACAAUGCUCGAGUCAGUGUGUACUGGGUAGAGAUUUUGGAUAAUGGUAGCAACAGGACCUCGCUGAUCGAUUCCAGACUGGUACCAAUUCAAGAGUCAGGGUGGAGGAGCUUUGAUGUUACACAAGCUGUGCAUUACUGGCUUUCAAACAGGAAACAUGCUUCUAUGCACUUGGAGAUCUGGAUUGAAGGCGAGAGGCCAGGUAGCUAUGCAGCUGAGAUGGCUAGAACAGUCAGCUUCACUUCCCAAAAUCCUUUGGAUAAAGCACUGGGAAAACCAGAACUGGUGUUAUACACUUUGAACCUGGAGGAAUAUGGGAGUCGUGGAGACUGUGAUGAUUCAACAGGAAAAGAAAGCAAAGUAUGCUGCAGACAAGAGUACUUCAUUAACUUUCGUGAGAUGACCUGGACACAGUACUGGAUCAUCGAACCUGCCGGUUACCAGGCAUUUCGCUGUGUUGGGGGCUGUAAGCAGCCCAAGAACCUCCUAAGGCAUUAUGGGUAUGGAGAGCGGACCUGUUCUGUAGUAGAAAGUGCUCCACUGCCCAUGAUGUAUCUGGUAAAAAAGGGUGACUACACUGAAAUAGAGGUGGCAGAAUUCCCUAAUAUGAUUGUUGAAAAGUGUGGGUGUACAAUGGACAACAUAUCUAUCGUAUAACUAACUGAUGAUUGAAAGUGCAAAGGGCACUCAGCUGCUCAGAAACAGGUUUGCAAGUAUCCUCAUCCAGUAAUGACUGGAUAUUCAAAAAUGGCACCAGUGCAAACUGACCUUGCUAUGGGCUAUAAGCUCAACUGGACUUAUAAACAGACACUCUGGGAUUAUUUUUCUCAGAUUUGCCACCAAAUGAUACA